AAUCAGGAAGCUCCAGACGCCUAUGGCCAACGACAACGACGCUGAGUUUCCUCCCCAAAUCCUCUGCGAUUCUCUUAAUUCUUCGAGUCUCCUUUCCGAUCCUCACGCUGGUCUGAGCCGCUGAAGCAGAUUGUAUAGGCAAUGGGUGAUGCAAUUGACUUAACCGGCGAUGGAGGUGUCAUGAAGAAGAUUGUAAGGCGUGCAAAAGCCGAUGCAGUUGAACCUUCAGAUGAUCUUCCUCUUGUUGAUGUUCAUUACGAGGGCACAUUAGCCGACACCGGGGAAGUCUUUGAUACCACACAUGAAGACAACACAAUCUUCUCAUUCGAAAUUGGAAGUGGUUCGGUGAUUCGGGCAUGGGAUGUUGCAUUGAGAACGAUGAAGGUGGGGGAGGUUGCAAAGAUCACUUGCAAGCCGGAGUACGCCUAUGGCAGUGCAGGCUCUCCACCGGAUAUUCCAGCAGAUGCAACUCUUGUUUUCGAGGUGGAACUUGUGGCUUGUCGUCCUCGGAAAGGUUCCAGCAUGAGCAGUGUUUCAGAGGAGAGAGCUAGGCUAGAUGAGCUGAAGAAGCAAAGGGAAAUGGCGGCCGCAGUCAAAGAGGAAGAGAAGAAGAAACGAGAAGAAGCGAAAGCUGCUGCCGCUGCUCGUAUUCAGGCCAAACUAGACGCAAAGAAGGGUGGAGGGAAGGGCAAAGGGAAGUCCAAGUAACAAAGGAAUGUGCUCCAGCCUCCAGCUUCCCAGUUUUAGUUCUUCCAUUUUGUUGUAUUUGAAACUCAACUGUAGUUGUCGACUCACUUAGAGCGAUAGCACGACUGUUAAGGCCAAUAAAUUACCAGCUAUUCUGCUAGCAGAUAGUAACAAUUUCAAUAUCAUUUUGAGUGUAUGAUUUUGAGUGUGUGAUUUUGAGGUGUUAAGGCUAACAAACACAGCAACCAUUGCCUGAUGUGAGACUUCUCCCAACUCAAUCAGGUAACGGCAAGUAAAAAGUUACUAUAAUAACUGUGAUUUUCGAUUGCCAACUUCCCGAGUAAUCUAAAUUACAAAAUGUUAUGAUGUUACUAAAUACAUCAAUCCGCAUCUUUUCUGCAGUGUGCACUAGUCUGAAAAAGAUUUACGUUUUAGUGUUAGGCACACAGUAACUAUUAAAUUAGACCUUCCAUCUUUGUUCAAUAGGAACUCCAGUGAACCUUUUACUUUCUAUCUUUGGAGAGGUAGACUGAGUCAAUUGAUGCAGAGGUUAAAAGCUAAACCAUGUAUGCAGCAUCCAGAGCUUGUCCAUUUUCAGCCCAGCUGGAUCCUGCCCUGUAUUUGCAAACUGGGCAUGUUCCCUGUUGCCUCAACCAUGGGUCAAUACAAAUGGCAUGGACCUGAUGCAGACAUGGGAGGGUACGUAUGACUUCUCCAACAUCCACUUGCUCCAAGCAUACACUGCAAGUAAGUUCAUCCUCUGAAGCCUUCAAGCUACCAAACCUAUUUGAUGUCUCCUGCUGCUGCUUUGGCUAGAGAGCAAAGUAACAGAUCAAAAGCAUAUUCAACUCUGUUGACAAGCUGCAACUGAAUUUGGCCUAGUGCUAUUGUAGGUUCGAAACUUGAAGCCGUCAAUCACUACUUAUAAGAAAAUGUGUGUAGAAUGCACUCGUCUGUCUCAAUAUGCAUUUAUCAGAUAUGCAUGCCGACAAAAUUUCACACCAUGCAAAAGUAAAACUAGGAUAAAGAAGUCGAGUAGUUGACUGUUAUUUAAAAAAAAUUCUUCCUUCGAGAAUUCAUACUGAUCAAAAUUCACAUCAGAAUCCAGAGCUCUACUAAUUGCCUAAUUGGGCUGGAAGCACAUGAGCUUUGGUAUUGAGACAAGGGAGUCGUUCCGAAGGGAGAAAGAACAAAUCACUACUACAAACAUCUACAGAUAAGACAGGAGGGUGAAGAACGUAUCCUAACUUGCCAGGAACACAAAGUUCACAUUCAACAACAAAGUACAAGAAUAUGUUAAGAAACAUGUACCUCUGUAGGAAUGGACGAUGAUGCUUGUUGCACUAGAGGGACCGAACUGGCAUAUUAAAGAAGAUACAAAUCUUUGUCAAACACAUAGAAUACUUAUGUAUGAAGCCCUUCUAGAGACAACAU